AUGCGGCCGCGAAUCGGGCGAGUUUAUGUCGAGGAUGAUGACAGUGACUUCGACCACAUGCCCAUCGAACACCCCAGUGACGCGGAAGAUGCAUCCAAUCUGGCUGCAGACGGCCAGAUGAAGCGCGAGGUCAAAGUAUACGAGUCUCGCUACAACGAGAAAGGGGCUCUAUGCCAUGCGCUACUACCGCUACUACAACAGGGAUGGUACGCUGCCCUCCGGACCGUGAUCAAGAGCUACUCGACUCAGAACUUUACCGGCCUGCCCGUCAUACUGGAGGGGCACGGCGAGGAGGAAGCCUUGGGGUGUCUCUACCACUACCGCAACGAGCUCAAGGAGUACGUCAAGACUGCGGACAGCGAGGAGGCGACGCUCGACAUCCAGCUCGUCCUGAAGCUCGUCGAGAGGGAGCUCAAGGCCUACAUUGAGCGAUACGAGACCAACGUCCUGACGGCCGAGCACCCGUGCGUCGCCUUUUCCGACAUUUGGAUGAUCUUCCGCCCCGGCGAGCUGCUCUUCACCGGCGCCGACGCCGCCGAGACGGAGCGCAUCCUCGAGGUCGUCGGCACCGAGUUUCACGAGGCCGGCUGGGGCAAGCCGGCCAGCUGGGUCGUCGAGGCCAAGUGCUUCGCGUUCAACGGCGUGCGCUUCGGCUACGUGAAGCAGAGCUUCGCCAUUGACAGCUUCAAGGGGACGCGGCUCAUACGCCGCCUCGACCUGCAGCCGCUCGAGUACCACCCGGACCAGGCGGCGCUCCGCGCGAGGCAGAUUGCGCGCGGCGAGAAGCUCUGCCGCCUGGCAGGCGUGCAUCACUGCCAGUAUAGCGGGCCCGCCACUGCCGUUGAGCAUCGCAAGAAACCGUCGCCAUUCGGCGGAUGUGAUGUGUUCACGCACAAUGCCGUAACUGUUAGUGGUCGUGUCAUGAUUGACCACUUGACUUACAUCAAGCACCGAACCAGGGAGGGCGUCGCCUUCAACAGCGAGGCCGGCAUCGACGCCGACGCCGUGACGGAGCACGACCACCUCCGCAGCCACUACCAGGUGCCCGGCUUCGCGCUGGCAAUGGUGCUGAAGAGGAUCCUGCGCGCGCUGACUUGGCAGCACACGGUGCGCGGGGACGAGGAGGCGGCGGAGGCGGACGGCGGCUUUGACGACCUGAUCAAGGGCAAGGGCAAGGGCUGCGUGUUCCUCCUUCACGGCGCGCCGGGCAUCGGCAAGACGUUCACGGUGGAGAGCAUCGCCGAGGUGGCGAGGCGGCCGCUGUACGUCAUGAUGUCGGGCGAGCUGGGCACCGACAUGGAGACGGUGGAGAGGCACCUGAAGAGGGUUCUGGAGCUGGCCAUGACGUGGAAAGCGGUGCUGCUGAUUGACGAGGCGGAUGUGUUUCUGGAGAGGCGCUCGUCGCACGACCUGGCUCGCAACGGCAUUGUUUCCAUCUUUUUGCGCGUCCUCGAAUACUAUGCCGGCAUCAUGUUUCUCACCACCAACCGCGUGCAGUCGUUUGACGAGGCCUUCCAGUCGCGCAUCCACCUCGCGCUCAAGUACCACCCGCUGGACGCUGCCGGCCGGGCGGACCUGUGGCGGCUCUUCCUGCAGCGCACGGCUGGCUAUAAGGAGUCGAGCUGGCCGGCGGUGAGCGUGGAUGAGUUUGCCGCCAUGGAGCUGAAUGGCCGCCAGAUCAAGAACACGGCGCGCACGGCCAACACGCUCGCGCUCGCCGAGGGCAAGACGCUGUCGGUGGAACAUGUGCGCGAGGUGCUGAGGGCAGUCGGCGAGUUUGAUUUUGUGUUCCAGUAG